UUUGGCUAAUCGAUAGCUUUUGCUGGGCCGUCAUCUUCAAACAAGGAUGCUCUUCAUCACGUUGUCUAUUACCUUCUGACACAACCGACCAUCCCCUCCUUAUACCAAUUAGAUUUGUUGUUUUCAAUAAUAAAAUCUACCAACCUUCACUAUGGGCUCCAAAGACGAGAAGCCGUCAACAGGCACCCCGAGAAAAACACCACUCGAAAACCCGACCCCUGACAGCAAGCCACUGCCCAAGCCAGAGCUCACCAGUGAACAGACGACCAAAUUCGACAAGCUUCUAGAGACAGUUAAGACAUGGACCGAUGUUACUUGUGAAAAGGAAAAAGACAAGUCUGGCCCAUUGCAAGAUCGCGAAAAGGCAUGGCUUACAAAAGAAUGCCUGUUGCGCUACCUGCGUGCUACAAAGUGGAACGUUGACGAUGCAGCCAAGCGCCUCCAGUCGACACUCUCAUGGCGCCGCGAGUACGGCCUCGACGACUUCACGCCCGAAUAUAUCUCCCCCGAACAAGAAACAGGCAAGCAAAUCAUUGUUGGCUUCGACAAGCAGGGCCGUCCGUGCCAGUACCUCAACCCUGGCCGCCAGAACACCGACGCCAGUCCGCGCCAGAUUCAGCACCUGUUCUACAUGGUAGAGCGUGUUACUGAUAUGAUGCCCGCCGGUGUCGAGAUGCUCAGUCUCAUGAUCAACUUCAAGCCCAGCAAGCACCGCCAAAACACCAGCGUGCCCAUCUCCAUGGCCCGCGAGGUCCUACACAUCCUGCAGAACCACUACCCAGAGCGCCUGGGCAAAGCUCUCAUUAUCAAUGUUCCUUGGAUCGUAUGGGGCUUCUUCAAAAUCAUCACGCCCUUCAUCGACCCCGUCACCCGCGAGAAGCUCAAGUUCAACGAAGACAUGCGCCAGUAUGUACCGGCCGAGCAGCUCUGGAGUCUUGACUGGAACGGCGACAUGGACUUUGAUUACGACCACGAGACUUACUGGCCUGCUCUGAACGACAUGUGCAAGAAGCGCAGGGAGGACAAGCUUGCGCGCUGGCUAGCGGCCGGCAGUGUCCUAGGCGAGUCGGAGGAGUAUCUUGCCGGAGGCACAAGCACAAGCAUUUCCGGAUUCACGUAUGCGCCUGGACAGACGACUAAGGAUGCUGAUGUUGAGCAAUUGCGCGAGAAGCUGGAAACCACCGAACUUGCGGCAUCUGACGAGGCGCCAGCAGUUGCAGCAGAGACGCCUGUCGCUGCAUAGAGCUACGAUGGCUUCGCUUUGUUGAUAGAAAUAUCACCAUCUACCCUGGCUUCUGUAUGAUACAUUACUUGAAUUUACAUGGAUCAGACACCAAAAGUUACACCAGCACGCAUAAUACUAAUAAACCUUGUUUUCUUGAUUUUGAACGGAAUAUAAUAGCUAAAACAAACCUGAAAAAAAGUGAAACCAAAGAUGGACUAAACGUCAUCCUAAUAAACAAGAUGCAACCAGCCCUAUUUAAGCAACCCGACCGUGGAGCUGACUGUUUUCUUCACGCAAGUUCUUCAAUUGGCGUUCAAAUUCCUUGGAAACCCACUCCCAGUACCCUUGCCACACACCAACGGUUGCAGUAUUGCUCGUAGCAGCACCGGCAUUUCCAGUUGUUGCCUUCAUCUUGUCACCGAGCAGCAUGGUCACCCGGAGAAUACUAUUGCGGGCUUCUUCCUGCUUUUCAAUAUCUUGCUUGACCGCAUUGUCUUUAAGCUUGAUGGACAACACGCCGCGAUAGGCCUCGGCGAUCGAGUCGAGGCGUCGAGCUGUCUCGUCUGCAUCCAAAGUGAUCAGUUUGGUCACCAUGAGGUUACAGAGCUGUCGAAUGUCGUUUUCGUCCUUGAGACCAGCCACCACGCGGUCAUAAAAGUCAAUAUUGUUGAUUCGCGUAAAGGCAGUCUCCAUCAAGGCAUACAACGUCUCAUAUGCACUCUUGCGGACUUCUAGGCCAUCAUCCACAGUGUGCUUAAAGGGACCAAGCAUGACCUCGCGCACAAGUUCUUGCUUGAUGACCGACUCUUGGAGCACAAAGGGCAUAAGGCUGUUCAAGGAUGGAAGGAUAAAGUCGGGCUUGUUGUGUGCUGCCGAGUUCAGUGUCGUCAUUGCCAGACGGCGAAUCUCCAUAUCUGAAUCUUGCAGCAUGGUCAAAAGCAUAUCGACAAGAACAUUCUUCAGCAUGCUGUCAAAGUUUUCGUCAUGCUCAGGAAGCGUGUAGCGCACAGCCUGCACGGCCAUACCACGGAUGCUCUGGGACUCAUCCUGCAGGAGAGUUUGCAAUUUUGGAAUGAAGACGGUAGGGUCUAAUGUAGCAAGGCGGCCAAUGCAUUCUGCAGAUACAACCUUGUUAUCAGCGUUACUGGAGGCUUGAAGCAGCUGGUCCCAUAUCAGAGUCGCAUAUUCCCGCAUGUCCGUAGAUUGACUUGAUACAGACUGCAGGAUCUCUUUGAUGGACUGAAUCAACAAGUAUUGCACACUACCACCUCUCUUCAUGGAGUCAAGAAUGACGGGCAAGAACUUCGGCACGUUUCCGGAGCCGGAACGUCCCAAUGCGGUAGCAGCUGCCAAUGAUAUUUUAUCUGGUUCGGCGUGGAAUUGCUUGAGGAAUAGUUCCGGCUCAAGAGGAGACUGUGCGCCUAAUCGCAUACCGGCUUCGCCAAGAAUAGCAAGAGCAAGACAGACGCGACUUUCAUCACCGCUUUGCGUGCUGCUGUUAAGCUCGGUCACAAAGCUGUCAAGAGAUAUGUUUGAGCUACCACCGCCAGUAACAAGAAGAGUGCCAAUGACUUUGCCAACCACAGAUGGAUCACCCGCAACGCUCACAUUCUUGAGCAUACCAUCCAUCAAUGGGCCACCUGAGCCACUUUGCCCAACAUUGUUGACAAAUUCAAGUAGCUGGUCGAGAACGAUGCUGGCGAGAUGAGACUUCAACAGCUCGCAUACAGCCUGUACCAUCUCGUCUGUUACAACGAGCUGCGCGUGGGUUCUCACAAAGUUGGCCAAGAUGAUGAGAGAUGGGCCGAGCAGAUAGGUAUCGCUGUUCGUAAUAGCAGGCAUCAAUGAUGGGACAAUCUGCUCAACAGUGGCUGCAUCAAACAAGUCCUUGGCAGCACCACACAGAAUCAGAUGUUUUAGUGCCACAACACUGGAACCCCUAAGCGAUCUGUUGGCCUUACGGAGCUGCGCGGCCAAUUCGAUGGCAACAUCCUGGACCCAGUCCUUGCUAAGCUGGCCAACAGUAGUGGCAAAAAUUGCGAUAUUAUCCACAGCGCGAACUGCAGCAAGCCUAGUAGUCUCAUUCUUGAGCCUUUCUCGUAGUAGGGCUAGUGCCUUUUCGCGCAUAUCAGAAGCCAAGAGAGCAGUUCCGUCUGCAGACGACGUUCGUGCUAUCAGAAUUCCCAAGCCAUGAAUGGCUCGCUGGCGGACUUCUGCAUCAGCAUCGGUCGCUGCAGCACGCUCAAGGAUAGUGUCAUAUAGCUUUUCCAACUCUUCUUUAUGUUUUGUGCCAGCUCCACGAGAGCGAGGGGGUGUAAUAGCCUUAACAAGCUCCUCUGAAGUACGGAGUGCUUCGCUGGAUAUCUUGUAGAAUCGGUCACGCACAGCAGCGGUGACACCACCGACAACCUUCGGAAGAUAAGGCUGCAGGGUUGCCGAUGGAUGUGUUCGCGAUAUGUCACUCAGUAGACGAAGUGCCGCUUGUCUAAGAGAGCUAGGGGUAGCAGAGGCGGUACCUCCGCUAGUAGUAAGAGAAGUCGAUACUGAUCCAGAGCCAGCUGGUUUCACAGCGUCCAUAAUCAAUGCAAUCAAAUCAGGGAGAUAUUCGGCCAGACCGCCACGCUGGACGGAGACCAUGUCAUCCAAAAGACCUAGAAUAGCCUGCUUGGUGGGCACAGUUUUGCCCUUCAGCUGUUUGGUAGCCGCCUUCACAAUUGUUGGCGUAAGUCUAGUGAGAUCUGCUCGUGGUCCAUGUGUUGGUGCCUUCUCUAGUACGGGAGAAGACAAUCCAGUUCCAGACAUGAAGGCAGAGACACUAGACGAGCCACCGCUGCUCUGUCUUCUUCUCUUGCGACUGAUGGGCAAUUGACUGGUAACAUCGGAUUCGAAUUCGUCGAAAGGCAGCUCAGUUGAAUGUAAUCCCUCGCCAGUCUUUCGAACCAGGAGAGAGAGUGCAGAUAUAAUUUCUAAUCUGACAUUCUCCUCCCUUUCAUCGAUUCGCUUCACUAAUGACGGGGCAGCCUGGUUGUAAAGAACUCCAGCUUCAAGCAAGUCACCACUGCCUCUGGUCGAAAUAAGGGUAUAGAGCGCCUUUGCGGCACAUCGUCGCACUUUCCAGCUUGCAUCGUCGUCAUCAUCUUCGAAACCAUCAUCCGCAUCAAAUUCGUCAUCGUCAUCGUCCUCAUCUUCGUCGUCGUCUUCCUCCAUCUCCUCAUCUUCAUCGACGGCAUAAUUGGGAUCGUAUUUCAGAUAUCGUAGCGUGCAGUCAAGAACUUCGUCGGUAAAAUCACGCAUUUCUUGGGGGCAUGAUGCUAAGAAUGCUUCAAGAGCGACGAGCGAAGCUUCUCGGGCUUCAUUGAAUUCUAGACCGAGAUCGUCACCCUCGCUCAAUUUCUCCAUAUGCUGAUCCAAUUCAUCCUCUGAGAGAGCUUGGAGCACUAAUGGAACGACUUGCUUCAAGUGGUGACCAAAGCGUCUUGGAAUUGACCUUGCCAUACUUCCCACAAUGGAAAUGUAUAGUCGGCGAGUGACUUGGUUCCCAUUGGGUCUAGAGAGGGCAGUAGCCAGGCGUGUAACAACUGCAGCCAAAUGUUCAUCUGUAAGGUACACUGCCAGCAUCGAGAUUGCAACAACAGACCGCUUUUUGACCACAGAUGUCGCCUUGUCGCCUUCAAGCAGUUGAAGGACGACUUCCUGCAUCGCCUCCACCUCGAGCUGCUCUAGCAACGGUCCAUAGCAUCGGACUACUUCAAUCAGAACAUCAACUGACUCGGCACUGAUGUCGGGGCCCUCAAGCAUGCCAGUUGGCGCAGACUUUGUAGCUGGUUGUAAUUUGGAUCCUUGGCCGAUUAAUCGUGGGAUCAAAACUCGGCUGACAGCGCUGUAUGCGGUGAUGGUAUCGGGGGAAUUGGCUGCUCCUGGGAUUGGUCGGGGAAGCGCUAUCAAUACAUUGCGAAGUGCCAACGAUGGAACCGCAUUGUCGACGGAAUUCUUGAGCUUGAGAGACGAUAGUUUUUCGAUCAUCGGGCCAACAAUGGCGGAAGGCACUUUUGCAACGAGAGGUCCGAGGCUAGAUUGACGAAGGGAUGUUAGAAAGAUCUGCUAUCAUUUCAUGUGCAAAGCCC